AUGGGUGAGAAUAAGAGCAGUAUAUCGUCAAUUGGAAAUGAUCAGUGGAGCGAUGUGGAAGCCUGGCUGAUCGAUAGUGGAAUUGCAUCCGUCACAGCAGCGGUGCAUUUGAUCAAGGAUGCUGGCGUUCUAGGAUCCAAUACUCACAUCCUAGAUGAGAAUACAGACUUGGGCGGGGUAUGGAAUCUUUCGGGAAUACUCAGCAACGUUACUUUCUUCCAUUUGAAUGCCACGCAUAUUUCCAUGAGUGCUCUAACGCGAGCUGUUAAACGAGGGGAUUCCGGACUAGAAGUAGUUCCCAUGGAGGAUAUCAACAUUGGGAUUAAGUAUCGACUGGAAUUGAUUAAACUGCUUCUGCAAAGUGAGGAAGAGCUAGAAUCGAAGACUAUUGACGGGUUCUUUGAUACAACUUUCGUCGAAACAGUAUUCUGGAUGCUAUGGUCAACAACAUAG